CCGAUUUAGCGGGGUUUUUUUUUUUUUUUCAAGCUUAAGCUUGAUCUAGUAGUGUGAUUGGGUGCCGGGAAAGAUUGAACAGAAACUGGAGCAUUGGAUUUUCCGAUUUCCGUUGCUGAAUUUAUGCUUAAGGAUUAGUCGAGGUUUUGAUCGUUGAGUUUUGCUAUAACUCAUUGAUUUUCUUAGCUGUACAUCUACUCGAUCUUGCUUGGAUUUCUUCCGAUUUUAAUUUCAGCAAGGCUUUCAAGGUAAUAUGACUGAAAACUACAGCAAUGUAAGUGUAAGCUCAAGCUCAAGUUUGAGUAGUAGCAUCUUGGCGGAGGAAGAGAACUUGCAGUUUGAUAACAAGCUUGGGAAGAGGCUCUCACAUCUGGAUUCCAUCCGUCAUACUCCUAGGGUUAAUGGUGAGAUACCAAACGUGAAUGAUGCAACCUUAGACCAUGAGCGGCUAUCAGAGAGAUUGGUCACAUAUGGUUUAGCGGAGCUACAAAUGGAAGGUGAUGGGAAUUGCCAGUUUCGGGCAUUAGCAGAUCAGUUAUUUCGAAAUCCUGAAUACCACAAGCAUGUAAGAAAGGCAGUCAUCAAACAGUUAAAGAAAUUCAGAAAACUAUAUGAAGGCUAUGUUCCAAUGAAGUACAAAAUCUACCUCAAGAAGAUGAAAAAAUCAGGUGAAUGGGGAGAUCAUGUUACUCUACAAGCAGCUGCAGACAGAUUCGAUGCAAAGAUCUGCUUAGUCACAUCUUUCCGAGACACCUGUUAUAUCGAGAUCCUUCCUAAAGACAAUAAUCACAACAAAGAACUUUGGCUCAGCUUUUGGUGUGAAGUGCAUUAUAACUCGUUAUAUGCCUGUGGAGAUCUUCCUUCGAGAACUCCUAGAAGAAAGCAUUGGCUUUUCUAGAGUAAUGAAACGGUAUCAUCAACCCAUAUCAUCUUCUGAUUUCUUAUGAAUGAAAUCUUAGAAAAUAGCUAACACAAUAAUGCCAUAUAUAGUUUUCUUCCAUACAAAUACCACGCAGACUUCUGUAACAAUAUAUAUAUAUAUAUAUAUAAGCAUAGUAUGUAUUUAUUUAUACUCACAAACUAGAAAAGAAUAGGAAAUUUAUAGAUUCCUGAUCCUGUUGAUUGUUUGGUUUAGUUUUGGAAGAACAUUAUCAUUGAAUGUUCAGCUGCUCAUCACUCAUGGCAGUUCAUGUUCUUGACAAGAUGCGCUUUGUCUGUAUAUAUUGUAUUGAGUUGUAGCUUUGCUCUGAUCACUUCCUUAGUAUUUCUUUUUCAGGACUAUAUAAUUCUAAGGAUUCUGUUAUUUUUGUUUU